GGUGUCAUUAAUGACUGGCGAAGGUUUAAGUUGGACAGUGUGGAUCAGACUGUCCCUCAGAACAAGAGAGAGCUGCUGAGACAAAUGUCCAGUCCUCGAGAUGACGACAAGGAGAGACUCAACAGAAAGAUGAGCGUUCAGGAGUACGAGUUGAUCCAAGAGGAGGACGAACGCUGCCUAAAACGCUACAGGAAACAGUGCAUGCAGGAAAUGCACGAGCGCCUCAGCUUUGGUCCCAAGUUUGAAUCCGUCCAUGAACUUGAGAGCGGAGAAGCCUUCCUUGAAGUCAUAGAGAAGGAACACCGGUUGACCCUGGUGGUGGUCCAUAUCUACCAGCAUGGUGUCAAAGGCUGUGAAGAGCUGAACUCAUGCCUGGACUGUUUGGCUACUGAAUACUCCAGUGUCAAAUUCUGCCGUAUCGAUGCCGUGGCCACCGGUGCUGCUGAACGCUUCUCCUCUGAGGUUCUUCCGACCCUAUUGGUGUACAAGGCUGGUGAGUUACUGGGUAACUUCCUGGCUGUGACCCAACACUUCAAUGAAGAGUUCUUUGCGACGGAUGUUGAGGCCUUUCUCAAUGAAUAUGGCCUCUUACCCGAGAAGGAGUUUGAAGCGUGUGCUGCUGAUGAGGAUGAGGGAGGGGAAGUGGAAUAGAGCAUUUAUGCAGUGCGCUGGAGGGCAGCAAAUACAAGUAGAAACCAGGAUGGGCGGAUCUGAUGGUAAGGGGCAAAUGAAAAGGAGAGCUGAGGAAAAGAAGUGGAAGAACAGCAGCAUGUUUAAAAAAAGCACAACACUGUGCAUACAGAUAAACAUCUAGCAGCUCAAAUGCUGAAUCUAUUUAGAGACUGUUAGACGUAAACCACAGAGCAGGUCUGUGCUGAAAUACUGCUUAGCAGUGAUGUCAUAACUCUCCAAUAAAAGAUUCUUCAUCACAG